ACAGUUGGAGUAACAGAAGGUUAAAUUCAACUUAUAUAACUAAUUAUUGUUUACAAAUGGCUUUCUGCGCCAUAACAUCGGAGUGAUCUCUUCACAGAAUGAUAGAAGGUUGUAUCGUCGCAAAACUGGUACUUGGUUACCUGAAAGAUGAGGGACUUUACAGAACAUGUGCUGCUUUCCAAGAUGAAUGCUCUCUCUUCUGUGAUGACAACAAGGAACUAGACAAUGUCUUUCUUACAGCUGACCUUAAAACAAUCUUAGAUGAUUAUUCUCAACUACGAGAAUCAGGAAGGGAAAAUGGCAUGAUAAGUGGCCCUGCUGUUUUAAAAUCACUGUGGAAUGAUUUGGAUGUUGUGAUUGGACAAUUGAAAUAUGCUACGAUCCCUUCAAGCACGCCAAAAACUUACACAGUCAGUCAGUCAACUCGCACAAGGCGACUUAACAAUGGCCGCUCAAGAAGAAGCUCGUUACCAAAAAGCCAAGAACAGAGAACAACAACCACAACAAGCCCUUCUCUCCUGCCUCUUGCUAAACCAACUGGAAACACUGCAGCACUUAAACUUCCUUUACCAAGGUUAUCAACCAAUGGAUUGUCAUGGAAUGUGUCACCGUCAUCGAACAAAAAUUCUCCCUUAGGCAACCAGGUUAUAAGUCGUCACUUAGUGAUUCAAAGUAGUCAGUCAAAUGUCAGCAAGGAGCAACCCAUAACUUUACCCAGAGCAUUGACUCCUGUAGGAUCUCCGGUUACAGUAACCAGUCAAUGCAUUGGAGGGAAUGUUGAGCCAGCCAGAACUGUAAUAAAUGUGACUCCAACACAGUCUCCUAUCACCAUAAGGGUCAGUGAUGAACUUGCCAAAAGUGAUAAUGUUGUCCAAGACUUGUUCGAUGAUGUAGUAGCUGGUGAUUCCUCUGGGGGUACUGAGUUUGAUCAGCAGAGAACAGAGAGCACAGCUCCUCCUGUGAUUGUAGUUGAUGAGGAUAUGGACAAGGACCAGACAACAGUGAACAGUGAUGAAGACUCUCUUGCCCACACUCACCAUAACUUGAGCCACGAUGAAUUACAUUUACGCUCACCAAAACGUAAAGGGAUUCAGCCAAAGAGAAGAACCCCUCAAGGUGGCUUAGGGACUUCAGGAGCAUCCCCUAAUUCACCCUCUAAGCAGGUGCCAGCAUCUGCAGAAGUUGAAAUGGACCUUAUAUGUUCAUCAGAUGGUCUGACUCCUCAAUCUUUCCUGGGUACACUGCUGAGUACCCCGCUGUUGCAAGAGAAACUUGCAGAAAAUAUCAACAAAGUUGUUGGAGGCUCAAGGCAGCAGUCUGUUGGUGAUGAAACACCCAUUGAUCAUACUUCACACAGUUUGAUGACAACAGAGGCAAGCAGCAAUGAUAUGCCUACUACAUUAAACCAGGGUGGUAAUGAUAUUCCUGUCAAGGAAAUCUUAGAUUUGAUGCAGGCCGAUCCAGCUUUUGAUGUCCUUUUCUCAGUAUUUGGACUUGAUGCACUAGACGCUUUACCAUCAACAGCCCAUGCUACAGCAGACACAAGCUUAUGUGCUGAGGUGUCGGCUGAAUCAAGUCGGCCGAUGGAUUCUCUUUGCAGCUUGCCACCAUCAUCUGCUGCUCAACUUCCGGGUGCCCUCGACGUUUCCUCUUUUCCUGAAGAAAAUCAAUCUCAUUCGGUAACCAAUGUUAACACCAUUUCACCACCAACAUCAAUUCACCAAAGCUUAACCUCGAGUUCCUCGUCCACUUCAGAUUUGCACCUAUCAGCCACUAGUAUCGUCACUGAUGCGUUACUCUUACUGGCCGGCAGCCCGCAGAAGAUUCCUUCUCAAACACAGUCACACUCUGUUCACGCAGUAAGUUAUCAGAGCACUGAGAAACAUUUGCCCAAAACCCCGCCCGAGGAGACUACUCAAGGCCAUUGGUCUACAAACAGCAGAGAGUCCAGAGUUAAUUCUUCCUACAAUCGGCCCAGUUUGAUCACGUCAGCCUUUCCAUAUGUUCGUGCGCUCGAUUUUAAUCUUGGAAGAACACCAGAGCCUACCAAGAGGGGUGGAAAGAGAAACAAUAAAAGUAACAAAAGCGUUGGGCAGAAAAUGACAGCAGAUAAAAGCGACAAAGCAUCUUCAAAUAAGAAAAAAGCAAGAAACGUAAAACGAAGUGUGGAAGCUAGUAACUCGUCAUCUUCAUCUUCAUCUAGUACUGCCAUUUGCAACAGUAACGUGCAGUCUGUGACGCCCACGACUGUUUCAAGAAGCAUGAACAUAUGUGCUGCGCAAUCACUAAACAACUGCGCAAGGCAAAGGAAUCUCAUUUCCUCUUCUGUCGUUGAUGUUGUACCCAGUGCUCCUCCUAUCGUUUGGUGUUCCAGUGCUAUGAGCUCUUCCACCACACCCUCUGCAUUUCCAGACACUGUUUGCAGUUCAGUCGUCAGAUCAAUCCCCCUGCCUGGUAACCUGAUGGGAAUCUCCUCUUUGCAUAGUAACCUCGCCGAAACCUCCUCUUUGCAUGGUAACCUGGCCGAAUCCUCCCCUCUUCUUUCUUACCCGGCCGGACCCCCUCCUUGCCCAACACCAGCGGCAGUUACAUACGUCACUCUAGGAUCAAGGCCUGGCGACUCACCCGUCACAUCUGCCAACUUGGUAGCUGAUGCAUUUACCGCACCUGUCAGUGUCCCCGCCACAGCAGCCAGCCAGCCCAAAUCCUUUGCCAGUCAUCCGAGCCCAGAGAGCGACAGUCUUGUUCUGAUGAAUCCCAUCGGUUCUACCUUUCACCCUACCCCUCCUACCGUCAAUUUUUCUACCAGUACCUCACGUCAUGUACCAUCAACAGUCACUCUUGGCAACAAAGGUUUUGCAACGUCCUCUUCAUUCCAACAUUUGUCGAGUACCUUAACUGUUCAGGACAGUCCGGUGAACCCAGUCGUAUGGAGCACUGCUCCUUCUCCUAAUCUCACCAGUUCAGUCAUUAAUCAGCUUCCGUUACCCACCAGUCUUGUACGCUCUAACCCAGCAAAAAAAUUCGGUGCAUCGCUGUUGUCACAAGCUUUCAACACGUUAACUCCAACGUCUUUAAUAGGAACUGAUCGUUGUGUUUUACGUGAACAAUUCACAGGCUCUUCUACUAAUGAUCGAAAUUCAAUGACUGGUCCAGGACGAAAUGUGAACGAUCCAUCACUGACUGGAUCGGUGGCAAGCAACGCAGAAAUUACAACUACAACGACGUCUUCUGAAGCUUCACACUCUUUAAACGCUCCCAGUUCGUUACAAACUUUUGCAGUAAAGCAUAAGAACUCUGACGAACCUCAAAAAACAAACCAGGUUGCCGAAGAGAGUAAUCUGGGGGCACCAAACACCACGCCUCGCUUAGCUUCAGAGUCAACACUUGAGCCACAAUCUUUAGAAGAAAAUUUAGCAUCUAAAAGUAAUGAAAAAUCACAGAGAAACACUGGAAAGGCAAACGAAAAACAUGACGAUGAAAUACCUCACAAUGGUUCUGUGAAGGAUUUAACGAGUUCUGUGCCUAUCUCAGGCAUUCAUACGGAGGCGCUGGAAAGCAAAAGUGGAAGUACGGAUUCUUUGACAACAAAUCCGGUUAGUGGUGAUCUAACGAAGGAAAACUCCGCAGGGAUGGUACAGUCAGGAUCGAGUUGCGAAUUAGAAGGACGCGUUUCAUUAACGCAGUCAGGGAAAAGACGAAGGGAUUUACUGGAGAGGGAAAAGGAAAAGAACACAAGAUCAUUAUCUCGACCUUCGAAGAGAUCCAAGACCAAAGGAGGGAACGUCAAUUUUCCAUCAGAUCUGAAUGUGGAAGACUUUUUAUCAAAGCUUCACUAUGAGGUUUAGAAGAUUUCUUUAAUCAAGAAAUUAGAUGUAUUACAAAUUGAUAUUUUUAUUACAAAUUAGAAGAUGUUUAUAUAUUCAGAGAUAUUUUGAAAUAUUUAAGACGCAUUGUUAGAAAUGAGAACAUGUUAAGUACCCAUAAUGCUGCUGUAAUGUGCUUUUGGUUAUGUAGUGUACAUGAAAACUGCUUUUGAAAAUGUAUUAGAUCUAAUUGGUUUUAUUUAGGUAAGUUCACCCUUUAAACUCUAACAUCAGUAUGCAUAUUCUCCAUACUGUUCGCACACAUUUCCUCACGUGCUAA